UCACUUCUUAUUUUGCCUUUGAUGUUUUAGGAGAACACUUUUGCAUAGUGAAUGAACCUGGGGUUUCAUUGAUAAGGUCACAUUUAAGCAGUGAUGUACAACAGUGGUUAUUCUCAGGCCAACUUUGGCUUGGCUGCCAAGAAGAUGCACAAGUCGAAAGGCAAGAGCUGUGGUUACUACAUGAAGAUUGUCUUCUUUUUCUCCUCACUCAUCCAGUCUUUGAUCAUUGCGAGUCUGGUGCUCUUUCUGGUGUACGGACAACCCGAGCAUUCAAUGGAGGAAAAAAGACUGCAAGAGUUGGACCAAAGUGUCAGCAAACUCACGAUGGAAAACUUUGUUCUCCGUGGGAAGGAAAAGAACCUCACCAAAGUUCUGAACGUCACUCUCACUGCGAAGCUGAGCAAUGACAAAGCUCUGUCUGAAUUACGCAGACUGGCAAACAUCUCAUCUAUGACAAUAAAGAACAUCCAAACAACUAUGUCUCAAUGUGUGAUGGAAAGAAGAAUGGCCGUACCUCGCUCAUGCCCUCCUACGUUCUGUCCAGAUCCAAAUGACAACAACAGACGUUUGCAAAGUAUGCUCCUGCAGUCAGAGGAAAUGCUCAAGCUGAUCAAAGCGAACUUUACUCAGAUGAUGGCCAUUAUGAAAACUGAGUUAGACAACUCCAACAAAGACAAGGAUAAGUUUCACUUAGAUGCAAUUGAACUGAGGCGAGACAAGGCUUUCCUUGAGGGAGAACUCAACUUGUAUCAAAAGAAGUGCAAAGAGGAUUUUGUCGAUUCUUUACGAGGAAUCCCCAACGUCACCAAAGAAUUCCUCAAAAGGAUCGAUGACUUCUUCUCAAAACACGUUUCUUUCCAGCUAACGUGCGACAAACAAAAAAAUCAGCUUGAAGACAUUAGGGAAAACUGUAGCAGUCUUUCAAGAGAAGUUGAGAACAAGCUCCAGUCAUAUCUGAACAUAGUGGGGAACCAGUUCACCAAAAUUAAUGGAGAAAAUGCCAAAUAUGAGACAGAGAACAAACGCCUGAAAGAGGACGCUGAGUGGUGCAAUCAGAAUCGCAGUGCCAUGAGUCGCGAGAAUCGCAAGAAUCUUGAGCAAUUUCAGCUCAAGAAUGACCAAGACAGUGAAAAACUUCUGCUGGAGAACAGAAAGCUAAAAGAAGAGAGCAACCUGAAAGAUCAGCUUCUUUCUGUGAAAGAAAAAGAAACUAAAAUGCUCGCACACACCAUUGAGACUCUCAAUACCUCACUUGCCAGCUGUAAGCCACUAAUGCGACCUAACUCAUUCAUGCCAAAUCCCUACGGUUUACCAAACAUGCCAAAUGCUGGUGGAACUGGUCUGAGUUCAACAGGACUGAGCAAACCAAACAUGCCAGGGACAGGCUCCGCCGGCCCAGUAUUUUCCAGUCUUAACGGUGCAGGAUCAAAUUCAAGAUUGGGCAGCACAGGAACAGGUGCAACAGGAUCAUUAGCUCCAGCGGGGACAGGUGGGUCAGGUCUAAGUAGAACAGGUCUAGCUCAGACAGGGAUAAGUAGUUUGGGUGGAGUAAGUCCAGGGUUGACAGGAUUUGCCAGUGCUGGAUCAAAUCCUACUGCAACUGGCAAUAUUGGACAAAGUGGAACAGGGUCAACAGCAUUCAGCAGUGCAGGAUCAAUUGGAGUAGGGAUGGGAAAACCAGUGGUAGGAGGUGCAGGUUUUGGCUCAGUUGGGUCUAAUCCACCUGGAAAUGGAGCGACUCUUGGAGGAGCAAGAACAACAGCGGGUGGGAGUGACGGUCAAACAUUAAGCCAAGCCCAAAUAAAUCUCCAUCUGAAGGAGCUGCAUCGUUAUUUACUCCCAAAUUGAGGGAAUGAACAAAGUCCUGGCAAAAUCAGGAUAAAGGAGUGUUUAUAUAUAGACUGAUUCAACUGUUUGAAAAUAGAAAACCUAUGUACUGACCCUGCAAGUCUGUAAUGUCAAUACUAAUUAUGAAUAUUAAUAUACAUUUUAUUUUGUGGGGUGAAGUUGAUCAUGUCUUUUGCGCAUUUAUGCUUGUAUAUAUCGUAUAUAAAUAUAUCUUGUAUAUAAAAAAUGAGUCUAUCACUA